UUUGUUUCAGGUGUGAUUGUUGUUGUGACAGAUGAAGUGAAGUCAGUAUCAGUGCUGGAGGGAGAAUCUAUCACUUUACACACUGAUGUUAAAGUACAGAGAGAUGAUCAGUUACGGUGGACGUUUGGACCUCAAAACACUCGAAUAGCUGAAAUCAUUAAAAGAGACCAAAUAAACUUUAUUUUUGUCAGUAAUGAUGGGAGAUUCAGAGACAAACUACUGAUGGACAAUCAAACUGGAUCUCUGACCAUCAGAAACAUCAGAUCUGAACACACUGGACUUUAUGAACUGACUGUCAUCAUCAGUGGAAAAACCUCAUUGAAGAGCUUCAGUGUUACUGUGUAUGCUCCUCUUUCCACUCCUGUGUUCACCAGUAACUCUUUAAACUGUUCCUCAUCAUCUGAAAGAUCAUCCGUGUCCAGAUGUUCAUUGUUGUGUUCAGCUGUGAAUGUGAGUGAUGUGACUCUCUCCUGGUACAAAGGAAACAGUUUAUUGUCCAGCAUCAGUGUGUCUGAUCUCAGCAUCAGUCUCUCUCUACCUCUGGAGGUGGAAUAUCAGGAUAAAAACAGCUACAGCUGUGUGCUCAACAAUCCCAUCAGCAACCAGACCACACAUCUGGACAUCAGUCAACUCUGUUACACAUGUUCAGAACAUCACCGUUCCUAUUCCAUACCAGUGGUAGUUGGUGUAUUGUUGUUCGUGGCCAUAAUUGCAGUUUUGGGAGGGAUUUUGUUGUGGUACAUCAGGAACCGUAAACAAACAGCACAAACUGUUGAAAAUGAAGACAUACAUUAUGCUACAGCAACAUUCAUUGCACAUCCUUUACACCAUACGAAACCUGAUGGAGAAGAUAGCAUAGUGUACUCAAGUGUUGCAGCACCUAAGAAGCACAAUUUGCAAUAUUUGUGAUGUUUUGUCUUAAAAACGAAAAAAAAAAUCUAACUGCCAUAUAGAGCAGUGUUUCUCAACUGAAACUGGUGAUUCAUGAACACAAUAUUUUGGGAUAUAUGUGAGGGAUGCAAUGUUGCAUGCAGAUAUUAAAAUGCAGCAUGCAAAAGUUAAAUCUUUUUUUUUAAACCUAUGACAAGUGAUUUGGAAAAUGGAAUGAUUUAGAAACUAAAAUAGCUAUCAUAUUCAGCCCAUUUCAUGUUAAUAAUUGAUUUGCAGCUCAUUGUAAUAUUAAUCCAUUUCAGCAUUUGAUCGUAUUUUAGUAGUAUUACUGUCACUUUAGUAUUAUUAGCAAUUUGGGUCAAAUGUCUGAUGUAAAACUUGCUCCCUCGAAUGAAACCAGUUGAGAACCACUGAGGCAGAACACAAAUGUAUUAUUUUUUUGUUAUUUAUUUCCACACUGCCAUUUCAUUAUUGUGUUAUUCAUCAAACAUCAAAUAAAAGUCAGACUUUCAGCUGAGUUUUCGAAGACCAUUACUGACAGAUAACAGUACGAGGAGCCAUGGACUGUAUUUUAGCGAUUUCCUUUUGACACUUUGAGACACUCUGGUAGCUCUUGAACUAAUAUGUCUUAAAAAGGUCUGAGAAAGAGUGGAUUCAGUAACAGCUUCAUAAUGCACAAGAACUGCCUACAUAGCUACAUAGUUAACUUGUCUUGACUUGAUCGCUUGAGCUCAUGCUACAGCUGCCUUAAACUUUCAGUGUUUGUGUAUUUUAUAUUUCAGCAUUAUUUCAUGAACAUUGUACUGAAUGAA